CCUCUGCUGCCCUAUAUAAACCCAUACGCGCUGCAUAGAGUCAGCGAACAGCUCCGUGGUGGUGAAACAACACGUUACUUACACGUCAAACAUUGACAAAGAAGGCAACCCACAAUGGAGAGAAUCUCAUGGACACUUUUUCUGCUCUGUCUCACAUAUCUGGAGGGAUCUUCGCAAGAUUUCGGGCAGACCCAGUUCAUCUGCACGUCCGUGCCCAAGGAUAUGGACCUGUGCGCAGCCACUAUGCAGAACAGCGGACCAGCGGAGGAUCUGAAGACCACAGUAAUGCAGUUAAGAGAGACAGUCCUACAGCAGAAGGAAACUAUCAUGAACCAGAAGGAGACGAUCAGGGAACUAACUUCGAAGUUGAGCCGCUGUGAGAGUCAGGCUGUUCUGGAGCCCGUGGCCGGUGGUCGGAGGAAAGAACCGGGCAAAAACACAAUGGGAGACGUGUCCCGCGGUCCGACAGAUACGCUAGCCCAACUUGGGCAGACUUUAGCCACUCUUAAACAGAGAUUGGAAAACUUGGAGUACAGCAGGAACAACGGCUCUGUCCAGGCGAACAGCCUUAAAGAUCUGCUUCAAAAUAAGAUCGAUGAUAUGGAGAAGCAGGUGCUGUCCCGGGUCAAUACUCUGGAGGAGAGCAAACCCGGGCAGAAGAACGACACGGAUCAGCUCAAUCGAGUGGAGUCAACCCUCACCUCCUUACAUCAGAGAAUUAACGACCUGGAGAAAGGUUCAAAAAGUUCCAGGCCACUGGACAAGUAUCAGAUAACAUUCCCCUUAAGAACAAAUUACAUGUAUGCCAAAGUGAAGAAAAGUCUACCAGAAAUGUAUGCUUUCUCUUUCUGCUUGUGGAUAAAGUCCAAUGCAUCACCAGGGGUGGGAACACCCUUCUCCUAUGCUGUUCCUGGACAAGCUAAUGAGCUUGUUCUCAUAGAAUGGGGGAACAAUCCAAUGGAGAUUCUCAUAAAUGACAAGGUUGCAAAAUUACCUUUUGUCAUCAAUGAUGGUAAAUGGCAUCACAUCUGCAUCACAUGGACAACUCGUGAUGGAGUAUGGGAGGCAUUUCAGGAUGGUGUUCUGCGUGGAACUGGAGAGAAUCUGGCACCCUACCAUCCAAUAAAACCCAACGGUGUACUAGUUUUAGGUCAGGAGCAGGACACACUUGGUGGAGGUUUUGAUGCAACCCAAGCCUUUGUUGGUGAACUGGCAAAUUUCAAUAUAUGGGAUAGAAAAUUAACAGCUGGAGAAAUCUACAACCUGGCAACCUGCAACAACAGAGCACAAGCUGGCAAUGUGUUAUCAUGGUCGGAAAGUAAUAUUGAUGUGUUCGGUGGAGCCACUAAAUGGACUUUUGAGCCCUGCCGUCAGCUCAACUGAGCUGCAAAGUGGGGGCCAUAGCUAAUCCCAGAUCCAUGUUUCUAGUUUUUGUCUUUCUUUUACUCAUUUUGACAUUCGUGAAAAAUAAUAUAUAUAUAUAUAUAUAUAUAUAUAUAUAUAUAUAUAUAUAUAUAAAACAAUUGUUCUUGAUAAAACAAUUAAAAGGUACUUUAAGAGUAAACCUGGGGUUUCUAUGAAUACCUGAAUAUUUCUUUGCAAAACUAAGAAUAUUUUCUUUAAUUCUUUUUUUUUGAUAAAAUAGUUUCAUGUUGUUUUUUUGCAAACCACAAAGUGACAGUGUUAUGCCAGGUUACUUUUAGUAUUAGAUAAUUUUUUGCUGCUUUAUUUAUUUAUUUGAAAGUGGACAGACUUAUUUUGUCUUUCAUAUACUGUAUUUUGGGGGGACCGGCAGCUGAAGAACUUUCUCUUUGCAACUUUUGGACGGUAAAGAAAGGGCAUCAGAACAUACCUUUUGUGUUUUCCCAACAAGACUUCACAAAACCAAUCACAAAUUGUAAAAUGAUGGUUUAUUUGUUAUCUGAACUAAACAGUACCCCACUCUCACCGGACCUUGCACUGUGAUGGAUUUGAAAAUAGGAUGAGAAAAAGUAUUUAUUUAUUUAUUUGGAAAAGAAUGGUUUAAGAUGGAACUUCCUUCAUUUGUUUUCAGUGAUCUUACCAAUGUUUCUGUAAGAAUGUCGUUUAGUUGCCAACAUGCUUACCGCCUGAGUGCCAUGAGCUGAUGUAUCAGUUCAGCACACACUUUUAGUUUGCUUACUCAUUGUGUAUUGCUUUAUCUUUUUGCUUUUGCUGGUGAAUUGUUUUCAUGAAAUGUGUUAAACAGCGAUUGUUAAAGCUC